AUGGCUGGCGAGCUGCCGCCGGAGCCCCCCGCCGUCGUGGACCUGGGGACGCCCAUGCAGGCCAGGUGGGCAGGGCCAGCGGCGGGGGCUCGACUGCCCUGUUUUCGCCUGCUUCCAGGGCUGCUGCUCCCAGACCUCCGACGCCUCGAGGAGCUCAACGCGCCGAAGCGCCACGAGUCGAAGGUGUUGUCGGGAGGGCGGCACCCGGCCUCGGCCCUUGCCACGGGGCCAGCUUCUCAUGCCCAGGGCAACACGGGCUACGGCGGUCUGCUGUCGCUGGAAGGCAAGCUGCCGCAGCCAGCGCGUGUCGCCUGCAAGUUCUUCCUGCAGGGCAGGUGCCGAUUCUCGGCCGAGAGGUGCCCGAACUCGCACGAGCCGGGUGCGGAGAAGCCCACGAACUUGAACAGCACCCCGGAGUGCGGAAGGGCGUGGAAGAACCAGCUCUGCAUAUUCUGGGCAUGGGACUGCUGCAAAAAGGGCGACGAGUGCACCUUCGCGCACGGCGUCGACGACCUGAGGUGUGAGAUGAGUCCCGAGAGCGAGGAGAUCCUGCAGCAGCGCUGGCAGACGGAGCACAGGAAGUCCGGCAAGGGCAGGUCCAGGGGCGGAGGAGGCGGCGGCUGGAACGAUGGCGGGAGCAACGCUGUGCCCUGCCCUGGUGGAG